AGAGGGCGCCCGGCGCCCGGUGGGUGGGUCGGCGCCGCGGCCGGCGGCCGGACGGAUUACUGGCAGGGAAGCCGUACGGGCGGCCCGGCGCUGCAGAGCCGUCGUACCUACCUCGCCGCGCUGUCCGCUCCGGUGCCGAGAUACAGCGGGUGGAGGAUCGGAGAGACCGUCGUUCCGUGCAGCCCUGGCCCCCUCCUGAUCGCGCCCUCAGUGGCCGCCCUGGAUCUCUCCGGUGGACGUGCCCCAUGAGUGAGGAGUCGCAGCGGCACCGUGUGCCCAGAGAAGACAAUCACAGGUGACCGCGGUGCCCUCAGCCGAGCAGAGUCCAUAGGACAGGAGGGCAUCAAUCUUCCACAACGGUGACUGCUUCUCACAGCUUCUCACAGACGUCCGGAAAAGACACGAGUGUCAGAAGACCAAGAACCACCGUGUGGUCAGCAGUUCUGCUUCGCCCAGGUGUCUCCCACUGCAUGCGAUCUUCGCGGUGAGAUUAGGAAACACCACUCGGAUGUUGGACACAGUUCAGGUGCAGCUGUACUGAGACGCCGCCACGCGUGCCUCCUGGGGCGUCCUGGGACGCUGGGACUCGGGUGAAGCGUGCUCCAUGUGACUCUGUGAGACGCCGGGACUCUGACAGAUCGUGCGGCUGAGCCAGGAACAGUUCCGGCCGGCAGAGCGACCAUGGCGCCGCGCGUGGACUUUGACGACAUUCUGGAGAUGGUCGGGAACGAGAACUGGUUCCAGCGGCGACUCAUCUUCGUGCUGGUGUACCCGGUCUCGUUCCUACUCGCCUGGAUGGUGCUCAACAUUCUGUUCAUGGUGUCGGUGCCCGACCACUGGUGUUACGUGCCGGGCCGCGAGAUGUACAAUAUGACACUGGAGCAGUGGAAAAACCUCACCAUACCCAGGGAGACGGACGAGACGGGCGAGACCCGUCUGAGCCAGUGCCGCAUGUUCAACCUAACGUUGGGCGACGGCUUCGCGCUGACGCCCGUGAUCAGCAGCAACGGCACGGCCGCCACCGUCGGCUGCAUGCACGGCUGGGAGUACGACCGCUCCAAUUGGCGACGCACGGCCGUGUCCGACUUUGACUGGGUGUGUGAGGACGCGGCCAAUCCGACCACGGUGCUCACCAUGAACAGCGUCGGCAGCGUGGUCGGAACACUCGUCUACGGCAUCAUGGCUGACAUGAUCGGAAGGAGGCCGGUGUUCUUCCUGAACAUCGUCAUCUUCCUCAUAGGGGGCAUCAUCAACAUUUUCGCGCCCACCUUCCUGGUGUUCGUGGCGUCGCGGGCGAUCGCGCAGACCACGUUCCCGUCGCUCUACAACACUUUCUUCACGCUCGCGGUGGAGCUGGUGGGCCCGUCGCUGCGCGGCCAGGUGAACGCCAUCGCGUUCUGCGUGUGGACGGUGAGCAUGUGCCUGCUGCCGCUGGUGGCCUGGCUGGUGGCCGAUUGGCAGUGGCUGGGACUCAUCACCAUCGUGCCCGGAGCCUACUUCCUCGUCGUCUGCAGAUACAUCCCGGAGUCUCCUCGGUGGCUGAUCAGCGUGCGGCGGAAAGAGGAGGCCAAGGAAAUACUGAAGGACAUCGCCGCCGUCAACAAAAGGGAGGUCCCGAAAGACCUCGAUCAAAUGCUCGAUGAUCUGUCGCAACAAAUCGAACACGAAAAGAAAUACGGCAUUUUCAGCUUAUUCAAAUACAGGCUGAGCGCAAUCAGAACAGUCUUCCUCACAUUUUGUUUCAUCGGCAACAUCGUCAUCUACUACGCGCUGCAGAUGAACGUGUCCAACAUGGCCGGCAACGAGUUCCUCAACUUCUUCCUGCUGUCGGCGGUGGAGGCGCCGGCCAACCUGAUCGGCUGGCUGGGCAGCGAGCACCUGGGCAGGCGCUGGACAGAGGUCGGCUUCCUGGCCAUCACCGGCGUCUCCUGCCUCACCAUCAUGCCGCUGCUCUUCUCCCCGGAGCUGACCUGGCUGGUGACGGCGCUGGCCAUCACGGCCAAGUUCUCCAUCACCGUGUCGUUCUUCGUGGUGUUCCUGCAGUCUGCCGAGAUCUACCCGACGGUGCUGCGCGGCUCGGGCCAGGCGCUCGGCUCCACCAUGGCCUACGCCGUCGGCAUCGGGUCGCCGGCAAUCAUCUACCUGUCCAACGCCAACCCAGUGCUGCCGUACCUGAUCCUGGGCAGCAUCGCCGUGCUGUGCGCCGUGAUGGCCUCCUUCCUGCCGGAGACGCUGGGCACCGACAUGCCCCAGUGCCUGGAGGACACGCGCGACUUCCUGCACGACCAGCCCUACUUCUCGUUCAUCACGCGGCGCAAGCUGCGCGCAGAGUCGGGCGCCGGCUCGGGCGGCCUGCGGCGCCGCUCGGUGGUCGUCUCGCAGGACGGCCUGAACGGCGCCGUCAGCACCCGGCUGGCCAAGCUGGAGGCCGAGGCGGCCAUAUAGCGGGGCGCGGCGGGGGCGGCGGCCUGCGAGCCGCCGUCCCCGCCCCAGCGCGCCGCGCGGCCCAUCCCGGCCGGCCAGUCGCCGCUGCUCAGUCCCGGGCCGUCACCGGCGCCCUACACGAGGUCAUCGCUGAGCGCCUGGACCGCCUCACGGGCCGAGGGCGCCGGCCAGAAGGAGGUGCUGCUCUGACGAGGUCACGGAGGACUGGACUGUGGCUGAGGAGCCUGCACCGGCUUAGGGGAGUGGCUACUACGAGCGGGAGUCACGAGCUGGCGGUAUCCAGAUGAAACUAUAGCGGGAGACCAGCGUACUACUCAAAGAACUCCACAAACGUCAAACACAUGCACCACUGCGGGUCUUGCAGCACGCUGACGACCUUAGAGACAAAUUCACGGGAUGCCAGGUGUCAUGAUUGCGAGGAGCUUGGCUCGGGCCAACAGAGGACCAUUGGAUGUUGUGACUGUUCUAUGUGAGAGUUGUGGAAAGCCCGGCGGCGCAAAACACUCAGCCAUCGGCAGUUAUAGCUGCCACUCUAAAGGCAAGACACUUCAGCAGCCUGCUGGUGUUAUUUGCUGUAAACGACAUCUCGUUUUGCCUUGGCCCCGCAAUUAUAGAUGGAUUUAACGCCGUCUAUAGCUAACUUGUCACAUAGUCUGAUGAAAGGAAGAAUAAUUGCGUCUGUCUCGAGCUUCCAUCUCGGUGAUGUUUGGUCAGUCGAUGAAAUGAGCCUGUCAUAGGCGCUGGACAUUGUCGUUUACUGAAGCAACAGAGGCGUUGCUGACAGAUAUGUGUUUUCUUGCAAAGCAUGCAUGAAGAUGCAUGAAGCCUUGAUAAUCACAAAGGUGUGGUACUUACUUAGCUGUUACCCGCGCGAAACAUUUUCCCUUUGUAAGUAGUGGCCAGAGUUUGCGAAGUGACAUUUAUCAUUGGCGUAUAGACGUAGCUAGGAGUUGGCUACGCUUAAGUUUCGGUGUGCUCGGUCAGGGUAACAUAACACAUGUUUGUACAUAUUGGAAAGGUGUCUGAUGAGCUGUCGCGACUGGGGAGCGGCUAUUUGCUGUUGGUGUUUGACAUUUGCUGACGAACGCUAUUGAUAGGGCUAGGUGUUUUCCGAGUGUCGAUGGUGGUCAGUGCGGAUAGAAUAGGGAUUUUCAUCUUAUCUUCACGCUAUCCCUUAGCGUUUGGCUGUAGGCUGAGCUGUCUGUACAGUGUAUGUGUAGUUGGGCCGCUUACCUACUAUGGGCAAUGUUUGAGUCGUACGACUUGGCCGCAGUUCGUUCAGCUCUGCGUGCAUACGGCGAUGCACAUAUGCAGAACGCUGCUUGCUGACUGCCCGUGGUAGCCGGAGCCCCGGGCCUAGUGUUCGCGCAACAUGGCGCUGCCACCGGCCCCGGCGAACCUCCGUUUGACCCUGAUGUUCCCCGCUGUCCUCCGCGUCGGUCUGAGGCGCAGAGUCGCGGCGCGCGCGGCGGUAGACUCGCCCGGCGACUCGCUGUUGUGUACGUGGAGAGCAAUACUUAGCCGUCGGUGUG